AUGUCGUCUGUGCUGGGCAGCAUACAGAGGACCUUCUGGGUUGUCCUCCUCUUGGUGCUGGUCGUGUUCCUACUGUUGGGCUUCCUGCAUGUGGACAUUGGGCUGCUUACUCCCCUGCUCAGGGAUGAGGCCGAGGGACUUCCGGUCACCAACAUCAUGUUCCUCAAGACGCAUAAGACAGCCAGCAGCACUGUGCUCAACAUCCUGUACCGCUUUGCCGAGACGCACAACCUGUCCACAGCGCUGCCUGUUGGUUCACACUUCCACCUGGGUUACCCCUGGCUCUUCCUGGCACGCUACGUGGAGGGCAUCACGCAGGAUGGUCACCCUCCCCGGCGCUUCAACAUCAUGUGCAACCACCUGAGGUUCAACCUGCCUGAGGUGCAGAAAGUCAUGCCCGAAGACACUUUCUACUUUUCCAUCCUGCGGAACCCCAUCUUCCAGCUGGAGUCCUCCUUCAGCUACUACAAAGGCUCGGCGCCUGCCUUCCAGAAGGUCAGCAGCCUGGACGCGUUCCUGGCGGCACCGCGGAGGUUUUACGACGACAGCGCGGGCCCGCAGAACGCGUACGCCCGGAACUGCAUGUGGUUCGACUUCGGCUUUGACAACAACGCGCGGGACGACGCCGCCUACGUGCGCGCGCGCAUCGCGGACGUGGAGCGCCGCUUCCACGUGGUGCUGAUCGCUGAGUACUUCGACGAGUCGGUGGUGCUGCUGCGGCACCUGCUGCGCUGGCAGCUGGACGACGUCGUCUACUUCAAGCUGAACGCGCGCAGCGAGCGCAGCGUCACCAGCCUGGCACCCGAGAGCCAGGAGCGCGCCCGGCGCUGGUGCGCGCUCGACUGGAGCCUCUACGAGCAUUUCAACCGCACCCUCUGGGCGCGGCUGCACGCCGAGCUGGGCCCGCGCCGUCUGCGCGCCGAGGUGGCGCAGCUGCGCGCGCGCCAGCGCCAGCUCACCGCGCGCUGCCUGCAGGACGGGGAGCCCAAGCGCAAGAAGGAGAUCGCAGACCCGCAGCUGCAGCCCUUCCAGUCCGGCAAAGCAGACAUCCUGGGCUACACCCUCAGGCAGGGCCUGGAGAACGCCACGCUGCGCUCCUGUCAGAGAAUGGUGAUGCCAGAACUCCAGUACAUGGCCCGUUUGUACUCCCUGCAGUUCCCGGAAAAGCCUCCCAAAAACAUCCCCUUCCUGAAACCGUAG